UGAAUCUGUAGAUGGCUGAUGAUCCCAUCCGGGCCAAGCAGCCGCAUCCCUAUCCAGACUAUAUGGCCACAACGCCUCACAACACAUGGACCAUGCAUCAAAAUCUGGUACAGAAUUAAUAAUACUGGUGCAUCUAUGGAUGUUUUGUGGCUCCAAAUCCUUCAAACGCUUCAGGAGCAUAGAUAGCAAUAUAGCAUCAUGGAGCUUUCUCUGAUCACCUUCACAGCAACUGGUGCAGCAGCAGCAUUCACUUCACCCAAGAUCAAGAGGAGGAUGAGGAUGGCACCAACCAUGGCAUCCAAACCUGGAGCCAAAGUGAAGGUCUUACUGAAGGUCUCUGCCGGUUGCAAGACGUGCAGAGGAAAGGGAGCUGUAGAAUGCCCAGGUUGCAAGGGCACUGGAAGGAACAAGAAGAAUGGCAACAUAUUCGAGAGAUGGAAGUGCUUCGAUUGCCAAGGGUUUGGGCUCAAGAGCUGUCCUAGCUGUGGCAAGGAAGGGCUCACACCGGAGCAGAGAGGUGAAAGAUAGAACAAAUUAAUUGACAAGAACAAUACAGACACCCUGCACUUGCAUGCCAGUAUCAUUAUGGUUAAGCUUGUUCUGAUGUAAUUAUCUAGUGGUAAUUUCUUAGCUAUAGAUUAGAUGGAGUGCAAGCUUGUGUACUGUAUGUGAACUGUUGCAAAAAGAACUUGUGUAUUUGCACCCUGCUUGAGAUCCAAACUCAGAUAAAUAUAUGUCAGGUCGAGCUGUGUACUUAAAUCUGAAUACAGGGUAUACUUUGGAGUAAAAGUAUAUGGUAUAGGGUAAAAUUACAUGUCUAA